AUGCGCUUCGUGAGUGCCGUACUCCUUUGUAUCGUGGCCGCCGCUGCAGUGUGCGCGGAGUUGGUCGGCGGUGUCGCGGACUACGAGAGUCUCUACCAUUCGGCCGUCGAGUCGUACCUGGGCGCGCAGUGGGCGCAAUGCGUCGUCAGCGCGAAGGACGCCCUCGCGUCGUACAGGAAGCUCGUCGACGUCGUGGUGAACUGUCGCAUCAAGUGCGACGACCAGAGAGUCGGUACCGGGCCCGAGCGCGCGACGGUGAACGCUUUCUACGCAGCUCGCGCGGCCCAAGCCCGCUGCCUACGCAACUGCGCAGGUGUUCGGCAGGACGGGGCGUCGGACGCGACCCUCCGUGAUUUCAGGGAUCGAGUGCCGUACUACUACCUCCAGCGAUGCUACUUCGAGCUUGGUAAAACAAAGGAAGCUGCAUCUGCUGCCUACACUUUCUUGGAACGCAAUCCAGGUCACAGCCUUGUAAGCUUCCAUCUAAGCCAGUACUUGGAAGUCUCUGGCCUCAAUAAAAAAGAUAUCGCCUCUCUGGAAGUCAAAGAAUAUCAGAACCUCUUUCACAGUGCCGCGAAAUUGUACACGGAGAAGAAAUAUGCCGAAUCACUGUCGGUUAUGGAGGAGGCGAUACCCAGCUAUCUCAAAGCUGUACAAGAGUGCCGCGCACUCUGUGAUGACUUUCUGCCAACUGCAUCCACGACGAGGGAGUUCUCCGAAGUUGCUGCAGGUCACCACUUGGCUUCAUUGAAGUGCAAAGAACAAUGCCCCGAUCAGCUUUCAUACUUGGAUGGGCAUCGUCGACCGAACUUCUUCGCCAGCUUCUACCACUACCUCCAAUUCUCUUACUAUCAACUGGGAAAGUUAGAAAAGGCAUGUGAGGCGACCCAGUCUUACCUGUUGCUCGUGCCGGAUGACAGUGAUAUGUGGUACAACCAGGCCUUCUACGCACAGCUACCUGCCACUCAAGAUGCCUGGUUCAAGGCGAGGCAGGAGGUGGAAGAAUAUGUUAGGCGUCGGGAAGAGGAGCAGGAGACAAUAAAAGCCAUUGAACUGCAGCUCGGCACGGUUGUGGCAAAACCUCAAGUCAGAGAAAGUAGCGCAAAAGAUUCAUCUUUCAACACAAGCAGAGUCACAGUCAUUCAAGAUGAGAAGGCUCUCAAUGGAACUCGAGUUGUGGCCGAAGGGUUCUUGACUGAGGAUGAAUGUACGGGCUUGCUUUCACUAGCCGAUACUGCUGCUCUCACCGGUGACGGCUACGAUGGCAAACAGUCUCCCCACAGCAAGUUUGAAACAUUCGAAGGGAUCACCGCUGGCCGAAUCGCACUCCUCACAAGAAAUGGCCAGAUAGACAAGCAUCAGGCCGAACUUUUCAUCGAGGCAAGUGAGCGUGUGAGGAUGUAUGUUGAGUCUUACUUCAACUUGAACGCGCACCUGUACUUCUCUUACACACACCUCGUCUGCAGAAAAGCAAUGUCUGGUGCCUCCAGGAGACCUGAAAGCGACAUGAGCCACUCAAUCCAUGCCGACAACUGCAUCCUUCAGAAAAGUGGGAAUUGCCUUAAGCAACUACCAGCAUACAUCUGGAGAGACUUCAGUUCUGUGUUGUACCUGAACGAUGACUUUGUGGGUGGAGAAUUCGUCUUUGCCAGGCAGAAAGACAGCAUAGAGGCCUCGGUGAAACCAAAGUGUGGUCGUGCUGUAGCCUUCUCGGCGGGUGCGGAAAAUCUCCACGGUGUGCUACCCGUGGAACACGGGAGGCGUUGCGCUCUUGCCACGUGGUACACAUUGGACGCGAAAUAUCGGGAGAGGGAGCGAGAGUUUGCACACAACAUCAUCAACCAGGGUCCCUCUUCGGGACGCCAAGAAAAGCGGCCGUCAAAAGUGCCCAAGGAAGAGGAGCGCUUGGUGUUAGGUCCGCCACGUAGUCAUUCAAUUCAAGGCACAGCAAAGCGUCAUAUUAAUGAACUGUGAUGCAAAAUUGGGCACAAUCUUAGAAACUUAUGCAAAAACUUAUACUUACUCAGCCAGGCCUGUCAAAGCUUUUGCUUAAUUGAAUUCCAUUGGUGAUUCCAGUGGUUUAAGUGUGUAUAUUUUUAUGCUUUUUUUAUGCUUUAAAGGAGCCCCGCAACACUUUUUGAG